AUGUCACAACAUAUUUUGCACCAACCGAGUUUUAAGCUGGAUCUGCGACCUUUUAAGAGACUGUCGCUGCUGAUGAGAAAGCCUUCGAGGAGUCAGCCGUCGAUCGGAGUCAAACAGACAAACAAACCACGGCCCUCCAUCUUUGGUACAGUGGCUCAGACUAGAAGUCCCCAGGCAAGACGACAGAAGCGUCCGAGUGCCGACCCACAAAUGCUGAGUCUCUCUCAGAUGUUUGGCUCCGGCACUGGUUAUGUUGGCACCGACAACAACAACCACACGGAGCCUCAUCGAAACAAGGAUGCUUUGAUCUUCCAAAAUGGCAACUUGCACUCUGGCUCCCUGGAAGCUUUGAUACAACAUUUGAUCCCCACGACAGACUACUAUCCGGAUAGAACCUAUAUAUUCGCUUUUCUCCUGAGCUCCCGGUUGUUCAUCCGUCCACACGAACUGCUUGCUGAAGUAUGCAAGGCAGAUCUCACACAAAGUAAUCUGGAUAACGCAGACAAGUUACGAGCAAGUAAACUAGGGCCAAAGAUUGUCAGUUUGUUGAGUGAGUGGACCGACAUGUUUCCCUAUGACUUCCGCGAUGAGAGAAUGAUGAAGCAGCUGCGGGACAUCACCCAGCGCAUUAUUGCCACCCAGCCGGACUUGAGGAAGGACAUCAGUAACCUCAGCUAUAACUUGGUUACCAAGUUGACGAAUCUGAAGAGCUAUGAAGAGAACCUGGCAAGAAUAGAAGCAGGAGAACAACAAAAGGCGCAGACACAAGAUGUCGCUGCUACUGACAUCAUGGAAGUGUGUCCCAACCCAUUACUUCUGGCUCAACAGUUAACCCAUGUGGAACUAGAAAGAUUGAGUGUGAUUGGCCCUGAAGAGUUUGUUCAAGCUUUCUGCAAAGAAAGAGUUGCACCAGAUGGGGUCAGCUAUCAGGACAUGAAGACCACACAUAACCUGGAGUCAUACGUGCAAUGGUUUAAUCGGCUGAGUUACCUAGUGGCUUCUGAAAUCACAUCUCACUUGAAGAAAAAGAAUCGAGUCAAAGUUGUGGAGUAUUUCAUUGAUGUUGCUAAAGAAUGUAUCAAUAUUGGCAUGAAUCUCAGUCCUGUCACAAGGUUAAAGAAAAUGUGGUCAAAGGUCAACAGAGACAAGUUAAGAAUUCUUGAGCACCAGAUGAACCCCAGCAACAACUUUGGCAGUUACAGAUCCUGUCUGAAGGCUGCCAUGUGGAGGUCAGAAGGUGCUGCUGAUGACAGAGAGAAGAUCGUCAUUCCAUUCUUUAGCUUGUUUGUCAAAGACUUGUACUUCCUGAAUGAAGGAUGCUCCACAAAGCAGAUCUCUGACCUUCUGGCAUGGCAACAGGUGGAGUGUCCAUUUGACAAAUGUCCAUCCAUUAUAAAUUACCUUCUUACAACACCCAUCUACAAUGAAUCCAUGUUGUCGAUGGCUUCAUAUGAAUGUGAAGCUCCAGAAACCAGCUAUGACAAGGAGAAAUACAAGCAGCUCAA